CUUUCUCUCGCCGAUUAAACCCUGAAACGAAACCUACCCUUUAUACAUUGCAGAACGACAGCGUUUCAACACAACUCAGAGGAAACCUUCCAUUCCCUUGUUCACAGCCGCGCCCAUAGAACCAACUCCAUCUUCUUCUUCAUCAUCAUCUUCAUCUUCUUAAUUCUUGGGUUCAAAGAUGCAGCACGACGAGGUUAUAUGGCAAGUUAUCAGACACAACCAUUGUAGUUUCAUGGCCAAAAUUGCGACGGGGAAUUUUUGUAGAAACCCUUAUAACGUCACUGGAGUUUGUAAUCGAAGCUCGUGUCCUUUAGCUAAUAGUCGCUAUGCCACCAUUCGUGAUGAUAAUGGAGUGUUUUACCUGUACAUGAAAACUAUAGAAAGAGCUCAUAUGCCAAAAGAUCUGUGGGAAAGAGUUAAGCUGCCUAGGAAUUACGAGAAGGCACUUGAAGUCAUAGAUAAACAUAUGAUGUAUUGGCCCAAGCUUCUUAUACACAAGAUAAAGCAACGCUUGACCAAAAUGACCCAGAUGCGGAUACGUAUGAGGAAACUUGCUUUGAAGACAAGGGAGAAAAUAAUGACAACUCCGAGGAAAGAGAAAAAGAGAGAGGCUCGAAGAGAAGCAAAGGCUGAAAAAGCAGCUUUGUUAGAAAAGUCUAUUGAAAAAGAGCUAUUAGAACGCCUUCAAAAAGGAGUUUAUCAACAAAGUGACAUAUACAAUUAUCCUCUUGAAGAGUACAAUAAAGUUCUUGAUAUGGAGAAACUUCAACCUGCUGAUGUAGAGGAUGAAGAGGAACCAGAGAUAGAAUACGUAGAAGGUUACGAUGAACUUGAAGAGGAAGAUGACAUAGAGGAUUUUGGUGGUUUUGCAACUCAUAAAUCAUUGGGUGAUUAUGACGAUGAUGAAAAUGAUGGAAGCACUGAUGAUGAAGAGGCAGAAGCUGAUGAUCAGAGUAGAGUGAAGAGGAAAAUGACUUUAGCUUCGAAGAAACAUGUGAAGAGUGCCCUUGAUUCUAAAUCAAAGAAGCCAAAGGUCCUUGUUGAGGUGGAGAGGGAGGAUGCUGAUGAAAGACAAAGGGUGAUACAGUAGUUUCAUUUUCUGUUGGUUACAGGUAGAAAAGAGGAAAGCGGCUAUAGGAGAAACUGAUUUUUGAUUGUUGAGUCUUCUAAUUAUUUCGUACCGCAAAAGGAAAAAGAUUUAACAUUUCUUGUUAUUAUUCUGCAUUUAUUAUUUACAGUUUUAAAGAAGGGCAGUGUUGGCAAAUGUGAUAAGAUGUGGUAGGGUGGUUUGAUAGAGCUUGAGAAUCUUUAUCAUACAUUGAUUGAACUGUGACUUAUCAAAUUUUUUAUAAUGUGUCAUACUGUUCUGCUACGUUUUGAAGUUCCUUGUAAGUUUUUUUUGAAGUUUAGCACAUUAUAAUAUUUUGUUUUUUU